AUGCCGAAGCUGGCCUCGCACUCGCGCUCUCUUCGCCAGGCGCUACAGCCAUCAAAUGCGACAGGCCGCUCGUUCAUAUCUUCGCCGCGGGGACUACUCGCCCACCCGCGCCAUGGCAUUUUGAAUGAACCCUGGUUGCCUCAGGCUGUGCCCUCGUCAAUACCCCUUCCUACUACAUAUUUUUCACCAACAGGAGUGCAUAGGAGGGUAGAACGGUUGAACGGGGGUCCUCGGGGAGAUGACCACAAGCCGCCAGAUGAGCGGGUGUUGAAGCUCGGGAAGACUCUACGAACACUAUCACCUCUUCUUCCAACGAUCCUCUACAACACUCUGCCGCCCGAGAUUCUUGCUCCUAGCGUCAACCUCCACCUUUUUCCUUCCACUCAUCCACACCUCCCCACCGUCAAAGGACGUACACUCUAUCGCGCGGCACUAUGGACAGUGCCAGUAGCAUGGAGCAGUGUGCCUUUGGUUGGAAAUGUGAAACUACAGAUUUUAAGCGAGCGAAUUGUCCGAGCGGGGACUAUUCUUGAUCCCGAACACGGCGAUCAUGAUUGUGGCGAUGAGCGACUGGUUGUUCGAUGGAAAACAGAGCCGCGCACAGAUAGCCGUCCAUUUCAUGAUGCACACGGAUCGCCUGGGGUGCCGAAAAAUAGUCUGAGUUCUCCACAGAAUACAGCAUCCAGCUCUUCCGAGUCAGCAUCACAGUAUCAUCUUUCGUCAUCUAAAAAUGCGACGAACAGAGGACUCAGCGUUCUUCUUGGUGGAGACGAGCCCAUUUUCAAACUCUCGAAAGAAGAACAGUUUACCGGCUUGUUCAUCUUCUCUUUUGAUGAUAAGGGACGCAUCCUGACGCAUACUAUUGAACACACUGAUGAGGCAGAUGGAUGGGAUCGUACGGCCAAAUUUGUCACAUUGACUGACUGGCUAAUUGGCAAAGCACGCGGGUCACUUGAUCCUACUUCGAAUCCUGGCCUGGCCAUGGAAUCCUGCCAAUAUUAUGAAGUCGCCCCCAGUCAUAUACCAUAUCACCAGCGGCGAUUAUAG